CACCGGGCCUUUUUUGAUGUCGUCACAGUGCUUCUGCUCGUGUGCGCGCGAAAGUAUUCAUGAUGUAAACAACAUUAUUUCGGCGUGUAUUCUGCUGCAAGAAAGGUGAACAUGGAGGUGACCCAUUCGAUCCGUGAACGCACCAUCGCCGAGAACAGUCUGGUGAUUCUCCUGCAGGGUCUGCAUGGUGAGGUGACCACCGUUGACCUGCGAGAUGAGAGCACGGCGAGGGGACGCGUUAUUAACGUGGAUGCUUUCAUGAACAUCCGCUUGGAGGAUGUGCUUUACAAGGACAGGAGUGGACGGAUGUCCAGUAUGGACGAUCUGUUUAUCACAGGCCGAAACGUGCGCUAUGUCCACAUCCCGGAUCACAUGAACAUUAUAGAGACAAUACAGGCCCAGCUCGCCAAAAUACACCGCGUUCGCAACUUUGGAGCAGGUGGCGGACGGAAAGAAUAUCUAAAGAAAAAAUAGUUAUUUUUUUGUAUAUAUAUAUUUAGUGCACGAAUCAGGAGUCAUGAAGCAAAAAGUAAAGCAUCGAUUAGUUGGUAAUGUUUGUCCAAUUGAUGACUCUAGUUCUGAAAUAUUAAAACUUUGAGUUGGAUGUCUGUUUUACCUUGAAAAUGCAAUAAACAAAUUGGCAUAACCAUUGAUUGUA